CGGAAGGGAAAAGACCCCGGAUGUCAACACAGCCCACAGCCGAAUGUGUGGUUUAACGCCAUUAAACGUACUUUUACUGAGAUCAGGGUUUCUAGACUAGGGCAGAACAAUAGGAUCAAUAUGACAAACAUCAGUUUUGGCUGAAAGUCCCCCCCAAGAAUCGUCGACUUCUGAUUUGUGACAUUCCUCGUGAAAGGAGGCGUGAACAUGGGUUUCUCUCUUCAAGUGUUGGCGUUGUGCACACUCUGUGUAACAGCCUGCAGCAGCAUGGAGCUGACCUCCAGCUCUGCUCGCUGUGAAAAAUUUACACGGGUCCUCCAGGGAAGACAAGGGGAGAUCCAGAGCUCUGCCCUCCCUGGCUGGCGACCUCGGCAACUCAACUGCACUUGGGUGAUCAUGGCAUCACUUGGCGAGCCUGUCAUACUCAGUUUCUCGCAGUUUUCGGUGCGAUGUGGGAUGGAAUCACUGUCGUUGACCCCUGUGGGCAGACACCCCAUCUCCAUCUGUGGGUCCCAGCUGCCUCAGCCAAUGGAGCUGUUGGGGAACAUUACUGUGACAUAUAAUUUUAUACCACGUAUUUACUCUAUGUCUGGGUUCCAUCUCUCCUACAUGAGGGCCUCUGGGCCUUGUGCACCGGGUGAGUUUGAGUGUUUCAAUGGCCGCUGCCUGCCCUCUUCUUGGCACUGCAAUGGUCAAAGUGAGUGCCUGGUUGGUGGAUCUGAUGAGCUGGACUGUGGUGAAAUAUAUCCCUGGGGAAUGGGAACGACGACAAUGGGCCGAGACUGGGAAAGUGUAGCUGGCCAGGGUGACUCCCACAGGCUGCCCAACUUUCAUCCUCAACGGAACUUGACCCCUGAGAUUCGUAACACUCCGCUCCCUGUGCCCACCGGCCCCUGCGGAGGGGUCCAGCAAGGCUUCUUUGGAUGGUUCUCACCCCCUCAAUCUUCUAUGCAAUCCCUGUCCUGCGUGUGGACUGUAGACCCAAAGGAUUCGCGGCCCUUGCGCCUAGACCUGCAGAUGCUGGAGCUGGGCCCUGGAGACACCAUAGUUGUCACUGACAGUCCACAGGGCCAAGGGAAUAUCAUCAAAACUAUUACCUGCGCGUCCAAUUACAAGGUAGUGCAGGUGGUGUCCCGGACCGGCCUGCUUUCCCUCACCUAUCGUACUCUGCCUGGGUCGGAAGGGCAGGGCUUCAAUGCCACCUACCGCAUCUCGGGUUACUGCCUUCCAUGGGAGGGCGUGUGUCGUGGGCCAUCAGGUGGAUGCUAUACUUCUGAGCAACGCUGUGAUGGGCGGUGGGACUGUCCUGACUCUGGUUCUGAUGAGGAGGGCUGUGGGGGCUGUCCCAGGGACAAGUUUGCGUGCGGCGGAGCAACAGCGCAGAGGCCGGGUGGGGCCGGUCGCUAUGUGGGUCGGCCUGUCUGCUACCCCCCGAAAGAAAGGUGCAACUACCAGCUGUAUUGUGCCGAUGGCAGUGACGAGAGGGACUGUACUGUUUGCCAGCCUGGAACAUUCCACUGCGAUACAGACAGGUGUGUGUUUGAGAGCUGGCGCUGUGAUGGACAAGUGGAUUGCAAGGAUGGCACCGACGAACUGAACUGCACAGCAACUCUUCCCCGCAAGGUCAUCACCGCCGCAACAGUGGGCAGCCUGGUCUGUGGGCUCUUGCUGGUCAUUGCCAUGGGUUGUACUUGCAAGCUGUACUCCCUGCGCACACGAGAGUACAGCAUGUUUGCCCCAAUCUCCCGCCAAGAAGCAGAGAUCAUUCAGCAGCAGGCCCCUCCCUCUUAUGGCCAGCUCAUCGCACAGGGAGUCAUUCCACCGGUGGAGGACUUCCCAACGGAGAAUCCUAACGAGUCCUCUGCCCUUACUCUCAGGGGGAUCCUCCAGCUUCUCAGACAGGAUGCUGGCCCCUCCCCCCGACGUCGGCGAAGGCCACGAUUUGUUCGAAGGGCCAUUCGCCGCAUGCGGAGGUGGGGCUUAAUCCCCAGGGCUACGCCGAGGUCGACUCAGACUUCAAGUUCUUCAUCCCCACAGCCAGAAGUGGGUCCAGCAAGUUCGGAGGCCUUGCAGUCAAGCCCCGGCAGUCUUUCCAGGGAAGGCGCACAUCAGCUGCUGCCUCAGAAACAAGGCCUCGUUCCUCAGACCGAGCAGUUGCCGCCAGUUCCACCAGCUCUGCCUCCCCCGGACUCAGCCCAACCUCCUCCCGCGAGCAAUCCCUCCACUCCAUUUCUGUGCAGCUCGUCUGUAGCCUCAUUGCUCCAUUCGCUGGGGCUCAAUAUCUCUUUCUUCCGUCUCACGGGCCCCCCGCCUGUGUCUGCGCCGGCCUCUUCCUUCACCUCCUCUUCUGACGAUGAGGUGCUGCUGAUUCCCCUGUCUGAAGAUGUACCUUCAGAUCAGGAUGUGCCCAUGCUCACCUGAGUCUGCUUGCCAUUCCCCUCACCAAAACACCUACCCCCGUCAAUUAAAUUAUGAUUCCAGCAAAGGAGUGCUCCAGGACCUCUCCUGCUGAUUUGGUCCACCUCCAUGGUCCAAGUGCCUUAAUCCAUCUGGGUUGUCUUUUUAUAUAAAGUGUAGAUUAUGAUUUGUGUUACAAGUGUUCAACCUUUCGGGUAACGAGAGAAUGAGGGGUUUAAUUAGGUUUGACCAUGUCUGAAAGUAUGUUUGGUGUUUUUUUUUUUUUUUUUUAAAGAAAAGGAUGUUUGCUUUGCACAGAGAACCUUCCUUAAUCCUGUUUCAUUCCUUCUGUGUAAGGGCUAUUUUUUCCCCAGGGCACAGAUACAUUUUUUUGGAUGAGUGACCUUGAUGUAUUGCUGAGAUUUUUGCCUUAACACACAUGCACACAGCACAGAAACCUUCCAGAAAAAAAACUACACACUUGCAGGCUGUGGCUAAUGGUGACCAUCUAAGAUGUACAAG